AGAUAUACAAUGGGUAGCUAUAUCUCGUCGCCACAAGUUCUAACACGCCAGGUGUCGGGUCAGUUUCAAGUCGGGUGCAAGGAUUUAAUGAUCGAUGGAACAGUUCUCGGAGAUCGUGGAUUGUUUAUGAGACUUUAUUUUCCGACGGAUUCUCAAGCCGCCGACAUCUCUUCAUAUCCAUUAUGGCUUCCUAAACCUCAAUAUGCACACGGACUUGGUGAAUAUUUAGGCCAAUCUUCUCAGAAAAUGAAUGUUAUUACAUCAACCGUUGUUGGAGAAAAAAGGGAAGAUUGUAUUGAGAAUGCUCAGAUGUCAACAAAAUGUGACAAAUGGCCGAUUGUCGUGUUCUCCCAUGGUCUCGGUGGUUCGCGCACGUUCUACUCCACGUACUGCACGUCGUUGGCCUCUCACGGCUACGUUGUCGCAGCUGUCGAACAUAAGGAUCAUUCCGCAUGUUGGACCUACCAAUUGACGGAGAAAAAUGGAGAGUUGGUGGAACAGCCGAUCAAGAUCAAACUGAUCGAGAAGAAUGAAAAAAAUGAAUUCAAGAUUAGGAAUCAACAGGUUGGAAAAAGAGUCACCGAAUGUGUCAAGGCUCUCAAUGUGUUGGAACAACUUAACCUGGGAACUGUCCCCGAGAAAGUUUUGAUUGGAAAUGAUUACAACUGGGCACAAUUCAAGAAUAAGUUGGUCAUGUCAUCCGCUUCUGUCAUUGGACAUUCAUUUGGCGGCGCAACAUCUUUGGCAUCAUCCGCCUACACAACGGACUUCCAAAAAGCAAUUGUUUUCGAUGGCUGGAUGUACCCACUGGACUCAACUCAACAAGAGCAAGCGAAGCAGCCAACGCUGUUUUUGAAUGUUGGAGAUUGGCAGUGGAAUGAGAAUUUGGACGUUAUGAAAAAAAUCAUCUCACACAAUGAUGGGAAUCUUGCGUUGACUUUGAAUGGUGCGGUGCAUCAAUGCUUCUCCGAUUUUCCAUUCAUUUUCCCAUCGUGGCUCGCAAAGAAAUUUGGAGUUCAGGGCCGAACGGAACCAUCAUUGUGCAUGCAAGCUGCCAUCGAACUUUCUCUCGCUUUUCUUGAAAAUGGAAAGGAUGGAGCUCAAAAGUUGAAAGAUGAAAAGUUUUCUAGCUUCAUCAGCAACGAGAUUUAUGGACGUGAAAAAUACAAACUUUAAAUUUUGUAUCCUGUUUUGUGAAUUUAUCAUCGAGUUUGUUAUCUCACGGGUAUCUAUCAUCUCCCAGUCAAACCAAUUGCCAAUAAACAUUUUUAUUU